GCGGACUAUGACGUGCACGCGUAAACAGUUAAAGUGGGUGGUCCGUGAGCAGAGCUGUGGUUAAAAUCUACUGCUUGUCGGUAUUUACUCUUUAUAUCUUCCUGUCGGGCUCCAGGUGGACAACACUGUCAUCAGAACAGCUCUCCAGACCUUCAGAUCAGAACUACACCCUCAUUCAACAAUGGCCGCAACCCGUGGAACUGUGACCGCAGCAGCUGGUUUUGAUGCCGAAGCCGAUGCCCAGAAGCUGAGAGGAGCCAUGAAGGGAGCUGGGACGGACGAGGCGGCUAUCAUCGACGUCCUGGCGCACCGUACGGUCGCUCAGAGGCAGCGCAUCAAGGAGACCUACAAACAAACUGUGGGGAAGGAGCUGGCUGAUGAUCUGUCCUCAGAGCUGAGUGGGAACUUCAGGAGUGUCGUUCUGGGUCUGCUGAUGUUGCCGCCCGUCUAUGAUGCCUACGAGCUGAGAAAUGCAAUGAAGGGGGCUGGAACAGAAGAGGCUUGCCUUAUUGAUAUUCUGGCUUCAAGAACCAACGAUGAAAUAAACACCAUCAAUGCAGUCUAUAAGAAAGAAUAUGGGAACACCCUGGAGGAAGAUGUGUCUGGGGACACUUCUGGGAUGUUUAAAAGGGUUUUGGUCUCUUUGCUCACGGCUGGACGAGACGAAAGCAACAAAGUGGAUGACGCCCUGGCUGUUCAAGAUGCAAAGGACAUCUAUGAGGCUGGAGAGGCUCGUUGGGGCACUGAUGAGGUGAAAUUCCUCACAGUGCUGUGUGUUAGGAACAGAAACCAUCUGCUGAAAGUGUUUGAAGAGUAUAAAAAGAUUUCUGGGAGAGACAUCGAGGAUAGCAUCAAGAGGGAGAUGUCGGGCACCUUGGAGGACGUCUUUCUUGCCAUAGUGAAAUGCAUGAAGAACAAGCAAGCAUUCUUUGCUGAACGACUAUACAAGUCAAUGAAGGGGCUGGGCACCACAGACAGCGUCCUCAUCAGAAUAAUGGUCUCCAGGGCUGAAAUUGACAUGGUCGACAUUAAGGCGCAGUUCCUGAAGAUGUAUGGGAAGACUCUAUACUCCUUCAUCAAGGGAGAUACCUCAGGCGACUAUCGUAAAAUCCUGCUGGAGCUUUGCGGAGGUGAAUAGGAACAACCUCAGAGGAACAUCCAGCCCUGUUUCUUCAGACCACAUCAUGUUUUUUUAUGUUGUCUUCUUCUCUGCCUUUCUCAUUUUGCUAAUUAACACGGUGCCUUGUUUCACUGUUUCUGAUACCAAUUAAACCAAAGACCAGUGAACUUUUA